UCCAAUUUCCCUGAGUUUCUUUUGAGGGAAUUUAUUAUAUUAUUUAUGUUGAAAUUGUUGUCUUGUUCUGAUUCUCACGUUUUUUGGUAACAAAUAUGUGUAUUUAGAAGGAUUUUCAAUCAUCUAGAUUUAGUUUAAUGAUUGUUUUUUUCUGUCUGAAUUUCCUCGAUUUCCUCGAUUCAGUUAUGAUUUUGAAUUAUGGAUGCUCUUUAGUAUUUAUAAUCUUUGGUUUUGGUAAUUGGGAUGGAGGAGCAGUGGGAGCUGCUGUGGAGAGAGAUAGAGAGAUCAUGAUCAGAAAAUGGGUAGCCGAUGAAAGUCUCUUCGCAUUGGAAGAGUAGUACGCGCGCGAGAGAGAAGUUGUGAUCUUUUUCACCUUGUGCUAGAUUUAGCGAUGGAUUUAUCGGCAGGUGAGUGUUCAGAACUUAAGCCUGCUGAGGACAAGGAUGAAGCCCCAGAAAAGACGACGGUGUCGUGUGUCGAUGGGAUUGAGGCAGGGAAUAAUGGGUCUUUGGGUAAUGAGGUUGUGAGCCUCGGCCGUGGAGAUCGUGUGGAGAUUAAGACUUUGGCGGGGCAGAGGAAUCAGCCGAAUGGGAAAGCAAUCGGAAUUAGACUUGAGAAGCAGCCUGUGGAGCCUCAACAAACUUCAACUUUCUCUGCCACAAUUGAGUCUCCUACACCAUUACCCCCAUCGGGAGAUACUGCAGCCACGCCAACGACUCCAACGACAGCCAACAAAGGUUAUGGUCUGAAGAAAUGGAGGAGGAUACGCAGAGAUUUCCCAAAGGAAGGAAGCACCAGUCCGGAUUCCAAUAGGAUCUUGAAAAGGGGGCUUUCCAUCCCUGUAGAACCUACGAGACCUCGAGACCCAUCUGCUGAGAUCAAGCUUAAGAGCGAAGGAUCUGUUGCCUCUGUUAAUUCAUCUGUUAAGAGCCCCCCCUCUUUUACCAGUGCUCCUGCCAUCAAGGGCUCGACUUCAGAUUUAAGGUUGGCGGUGGGAUCCACUUUUCCCGUCUGUACCGAUUUCGACAACAGCGAGGAUCACAGUAGCAAAUCCUCUACAGCGGCCAGUGCCCCUACAUUUAGGUAUGAUGUGCCCGUAUUCAUGGGAGCUUCCUCCUCGCGAGACAAAUGCAAGAUCAAGAAUUUGAGUGGGAAGAUUUCAGCUAGUGCUGCUCAGAAGGUUCAACAAGGGAAAAGUAGGAUUGAGACCAGUAAGAAGUCUAGAGCAGAAAGGUUUAAAAUUGAAAAGGAAAAUUCGUAUUCCAGCCUGGAAUCCGACUCCAGAAGCUCCAAUGUCCUCUUUGCGCAGAUGAAAACCUUUUCUGGGAUUAGUAAUGGUAGACAGAGUGAGAAGUCAUGUAAUUAUGACGGAGAGAAUGGCGAUGAAGCCAAUUUAAGUGAGAUGCAGUCUAAUAAAGGUUAUGGCAAAGAAAAUGGGGGAGUAGUCAAAGAUGUUUCACAGGAUGCUGCUGAUAUGUUGUCGGAAGUGAGGGAAGAAGAAAAUGAUAACCAUCAGCCCACAACAGAUCAGGAUCCUUUGGUUGAUUCAAUUCUUUCGCUGCAGUCAUUGCAGGAAUCACUUGAAAGAGAAAUAGAAAUGUUUGGGGAGAUCGGACAAGAAUUUGUUUUUCCAGCUAAUGAGCCCGUUACCAGUCAUUGCUUCGCUGCACAAUUUGCUUCUGUUGACCCAGGAAGCUGUGAACUCAACUCAUCUGGUCCUUCGUGCUUUGAAGAAAUUGAACCAAACAGUUUGCCAAAUCUGGAAGUUCAGUUGAGUAGACUGAAACAGAGUGCAAAUCUUCCUGAGAGCAAUCUUGAAGAGGCAGCAGCCAUCCUCAAGGCUAAGGAAUCUAGUUUUGAAGAUGAAGCAAACAGGGGUGAGUCAUCGAAAGAAGAAUUGGGUAGCAGUCUAAAGUCCCCACAGGGGUUUAGACAGAUGGAGAUUGAGGUUGAGGAUCUGAUUAAGCAGAAGAUUGAAACUGAAGUUGAGUCUCUGGUGAUUACUAGAUCAACUCAGAAUUUUAAAGUUGCCACAGCAGACCAUAUCUCACUCCUUGAGGAACAGAAGUCUCUGGUAGGGGAGCAAACCCAGAUGCUGGAAAAGCUCAGAGAUGCUGAAAGUAAUGCUGUGUUGUUGAAGAGGAAGGCAGAGGAGUUAGAGGAGUCAUGUGGGGAGUUGCUGGGAACUGGAGGGGUUUUGGAGAUGCAGAACAGGGUUUGUAAGUUUACAUUUUGCUUUCUUAUCCAGUUGAUUUUGCUUUUUGUAGCCUUAGGGAUAUUUAUCUUGCAGCUGUUGCCCCAUUACGCAGGGUUUGUACCAACUUAAGUAUGCAAACAAGAAAUCUUCUUUGUAUUCUCAUCAGAUGAAAAUUUGAAUGUUAAAAUUUUCUAGACAAC